AUGACCCCCCCGGCCUUCACACCACUCUCACUACACGUCCGUACACUCAACGCGCGGGGCUUCAACAUCCCCGAACACCGCACCAGAUUGCUGCGGGAACUGUGGUCAUACUGGACGUCAGUUGCAACGAUACAGGAUACACACUUCAAGCUAGACUCAGAACAAGCCCUUAAAGACAAGAGGUUCCCUAGUGUCUACUUCGCAUCGCACCCUCUGGGCAAGAAAGCCGGAGUGGCAAUACUGUCCUCGCAAGGGACCCCGUUCGACCUCUUGGAUCAAAAGACGGACCUGGAGGGACGAUACCUUUUUGUGAAAGGGCACAUCAACUCGCAGAUCUACACCUUCGCCACGAUAUAUGCCCCUAACUCCCGCCAACACAUAUUCAUCACGAAGACGCUGCGGCUGCUGGCAAACUUCUCGGAGAGGCUACUGAUUUUGGGAGGUGACCUCAAUGCGUCAUUGGACACGUCCAGGGGAAGGAGUGCGAUCACAUAUCCACGUAUUCGAAGCAUCAAGAAAGCCUUGUGGACACUACACCUAGUGGAUUGCUGGAGGACCCUACAUCCGGAGACAAGGGACUAUUCGUACUAUUCGGCAGUGCAUGGCUCGUACACUAAAAUAGAUUACCUCUUUCUCCCGCAACAAUACCUGUCUCUCCUCCAGGACUCGACCAUCGGACACAUCACAUGGUCCGACCAUGCCCCGGUGUCACUCCAGAUGACCUCCCCCCUCUUGAAACCAAAGGAGCGAACAUGGCGUCUGAACGAGUCACUACUUAUGGAUGAAGAGGUACGGACCACUGUACGAGAAGCUUUAACUAACUACUUCAAGGAAAACACCAAUCCAGACACAGGCCGGACUACUAUGGGAGGCCCACAAGAGUGUGAUCCGAGGGGUUCUCAUCUCCAUAGGAGCACACAAGAAGAGAGCUGGGGUGGAACGUAUACGGAGCAUCCUAGAUGGCAUUGCGACUGUGGAACUACGCCACAAACAAACCCUCAGUAA